CGGGCACCGGGCCGCUGUUUGUUGUCAUCCCAAGAUGGAGUUUCUGCUGGGGAACCCGUUCAGCACCCCGGUGGGGCAGAGCCUCGACCAUUCUGCAGCACCAUAAAGACUUAUAGGUACUUACAGAUGGACUUUUGGAGAGAUUUUUACCCUGGUCCUGUCAUCAUUCAGCUGGAGUAGCUGCUCUCAGUGCUUCUAGCAGUCAGAAUUCCAGUCUCAGCUGUACAAACAUGCACAUGGAGCAGUAGUAUGGAUUGAACAGGGCAGAGAGCAACUUCUUGAGGAGAAGCACUGUUGGUUUUUCUCGAAAAGGCCACAGAUGGCUCUUUGCAGAGUGAAGACUGGACACUUAACAUGGAGAUCUGUGACAUUAUCAACGAGACAGAAGAAGGGCCCAAGGAUGCCAUUCGAGCGCUGAAGAAGAGGCUGAAUGGAAACAAAAAUUACAGAGAGGUCAUGCUGGCGCUGACGGUGUUGGAGACCUGUGUGAAGAACUGUGGCCAUCGCUUUCAUGUCUUGGUGGCAAAUCGUGACUUCAUCGAUGGCGUUCUGGUGAAAAUCAUCUCACCCAAGAACAACCCCCCCACUAUUGUACAGGAUAAAGUCCUAGCACUGAUUCAGGCUUGGGCUGAUGCCUUCCGAAGUAGCCCUGAUUUAACUGGAGUAGUGCAUAUUUAUGAAGAACUCAAGAGAAAAGGCAUCGAGUUCCCCAUGGCAGAUCUUGAUGCUCUGUCUCCAAUACACACACCGCAGAGGAGUGUUCCUGAAGUUGAUCCUGCAGCAAAUAUGCACAAUUCCCAGUCUCAGCAAAGGAUGAGCAUCGGUUCUUACUCUUCAUCCUCUCCAACGGCAUAUUCUGCUCCUCAGGCCCCAGCCUUGAAUGUGACUGGUCCCAUCACUGCUAAUUCUGAACAGAUUGCCCGGCUGCGCAGUGAGCUGGAUAUUGUUCGUGGGAAUACAAAAGUGAUGUCUGAAAUGCUGACAGAAAUGGUACCUGGACAAGAGGAUUCCUCAGACCUUGAGUUACUCCAGGAACUGAACCGAACCUGCAGAGCCAUGCAGCAGAGAAUUGUGGAGCUUAUCUCAAGAGUGUCCAAUGAAGAAGUCACAGAGGAGCUGCUGCACGUGAAUGAUGAUUUAAAUAACGUCUUCCUCCGAUAUGAAAGAUUUGAACGAUACAGAUCGGGACGCUCAACACAGAACGCCAGCAAUGGAGUACUGAAUGAGGUGACAGAAGAUAAUUUAAUAGAUUUGGGUCCUGGCUCUCCAGCUGUAGUGAGCCCAAUGGUUGGAAACUCAGCACCUCCAUCUUCACUUUCUUCACAGCUUGCAGGGCUUGACUUGGGCACAAACAGCGUCAGUGGCACACUCAGCUCCCUCCAGCACAGUAAUCCUCGUGAUGACUUUGACAUGUUUGCACAGACAAGAGGCAGCUCCUUGGCUGAGCAGCGAAAGAACGUGACGUACGAGGAUCCACAGGCUGUCAAAGGACUGGCGUCUGCCCUGGAUGUUCGGAAACAGAACACGGGAGGGAGGAGAGGUAAAGGUGGGAACUCAGACAUGGAGCCCAUAGACAAGUGGCUAAUUACACAAGGAAUGAUCCCUGUUGCACAGUCCUCUGUCAUGGAUGACAUUGAGGAGUGGCUCAGUACCGACUUGAAAGGCAACGAACUGGAAGAAGGAGUGACCAGUGAAGAGUUUGACAAAUUUUUAGAAGAGCGAGCCAAAGCGGCGGAGAUGGUUCCCAAUCUGCCAUCCCCUCCCCUGGAAGCCCCCACCCCUCCGACAAAUCCUUCCAGCAGGAAAAAGCAGGAGCGCUCGGAGGACGCCCUCUUUGCACUGUGAAGAUGGCACGGAGCCACCCUCCCACCCCUGUGCUCCGCCAGAGAAUAUCUCCGUACGGCCACUUUGUCCUCCACAGUCCUUGGCUAACAACGACCCCCAUCCCCCCCAUUCCAUAGUUUGCUUCUCCCUCCCUCCCUCCCCAAACGAUCCACCCCCACAAGCUGACUCUUUCUAUUUAAAUCCAACGCUAUUCCUGCCAGACCACGAUUCUCCAGCACUCGCUUAAUCCCCUCCUUCCUGUCCCAGCUGCACAAAACCAGCUCUUGAUGCUGAAAACCCCUUCAGAAUGCACGAGUACGUCACACUGGGCUGAAACAAAAGCCCAGGGGGGAGAGAGCAGCCUUGCCCUUCAAUUUAUGUAGGGAUCAUCCUCUUCUGUAGGCAGGUCCUGCCAAGUAGACGGCUCUGUCAGUCAGCAUGUAAUUGACUGAGCUGGAAUGUUCAGGAGGAGUGUGUCUUUAUUUUUAGAUAAAAUGUUAAUGUAUUGGCUUUCGUGUUGGAUUCGACAGCAAGGAACAACUGUUCCCCUUUCAACAUGUGCUUCACAAGUUAAAAUCCUUUACUCUCCCACUCACACAUCUCCUGGUACCAUAUGGUGGUCGCUUUUCCCCACUUUCUGUGGCGUUUCAUUUCUAAAUCUCACAGGGUAUUUUUUGCCUUGUGUUUUAUCUGGGCUUGCUCUAAUUUGAAGCAGUCUGUUGGCCAUGUCCAGUAGCUCUGGCAGUUGAUAAGGAUGGAAAAUGCUGGGCUAAAUGGAUGCUUUAACGAUGGCACAGGAAGCACCUCGCUCUUUGAGAGACCAUUGUCACACAGGAAUUUCCCUGGUAUGUUUGCCUUUUAAACUAGCUUGGUUAUUUUCUCCUUACCUUAGAUUCCUUCUUCAGCGACUGUAGAGCUCUGCACUUGGUGUAAACAUCCAUGCAGAUGGAUGGGACUUGCUCAUGGAUUGGGUGUGAGCUGAGGUUCCUGGAUUCCCUGCAAUGCCUGGUAGAAUAGACAUGCUGGUUCUUGGGGAUAGGGAUGAGGAAAAGAGGCAAACCUCAGAGGUUUGUAUGGAACACUGAGGGAGAUGGUUACCAUGGAGGGAUUAGCCGUGCCAGCCUGUGCUGGAGGUGAAACUCCUCAUUUCCUUCUAGUUUUAGGCUGAAGAAAGUGUUGAAGUGAUUGUGACCGUGCUAUUUGUAAUUUUUGGAACGUCCUUUGAUCCCUCUGCCCUUCAUUAACUCCUGGCUCCUAUGGGGCUGCAGUCUCUGUGCAAACAAGCAUAUUCCCUUGCUUGCCAAAGGCAUGGCCAGGAUUCCUGCUCCUCUGGGGCUGCCAGAAGGGAUUCCAGCAUGUGUGCCUGCCUUGCUGGGCUGACAGGCGGAGCUGGAGCAGGCAGCUCCAGCCAUCGCCGCAUCCCGCAGCGUGUUCCUUGGGAGGAAGCCAGUGGCACAGGAUGGCAGGAUCAAAGAGAGAGCUGAGCAGUGCAUGGCAGGAGAAUCUCCCAUCCUGACAGAGAGGCACUUUAUCAGCUAAAUGCCCGUGCAGGCAGCAGGCUCCAGCCCCUCUUCCUCAGGGUGUUCCUUGGUUUAGGCAAUCUCCUUCUGACCUGACAUGUCUGAGCUUCCCAGGAUGCUGAUAUGUGUCAAGCUCUCUUGAAAGUUGUUCUAGGCCAAGUGAUAGAAGCUUUUAUCUGAGCACAGCAUUUUAUCAGCCCAUACCAUACUCUCUGAGGACCACCCCCUUUGGGACAUUGUGACACACAAAGCCUAUUACCCAAUGCCUGAUUGCACCACUGAUGGACUUUGACAGCAGACACAUUAAUCUUUGAAGGGAAAUGUUGUUUGGUGCAGGAUUUCCAGGCUGUCCCAGGUCAGGUUUCACUCUGUGCCCUCCCUGCUCAUCAUCUCCUCUGUCCUGCCCUGCCUGCAGCCUCUUCCAGGAUCCCUCCAUAUGUAGCUGGGCCCAGGCAAGGCUGUCCUGCCACGCCUCUGCACUGAUGUGACACCUCAUCACUGCUCUGUGUAGCACAGUUUACAAGUGGACAGGGAAAACCAUGUUAAGGAUGGAGAUAACUUGGGGAUCAAGCUUUUCUCCCCACUUGCUGGCCCUCUGUCCAGUUGAAGCCCUUCUGUGUGGGUCUGCAGAGGCUUUUUCCCAUUCCAUCUUCUCCGUGGCUAAUGGAACCUGCCAGGACAGUCUGCCUUGGCUGCAUUACACACUCCUGCUCUCACCCUCUGCCCUCACUGCUCAACAUAAGAUGAGCCUAAUGCUCAGGGAUUGGCACUGCCAGCUUGCUGCAACACAUCACAUGUGGCCACCAGCUCCCUGAAACCUGAGGAAACUUCUGUGGCAACACUGAUUUGAUUUCAGACGGCAUCUGGUGAUCGCCUGAGCAGUCUCACCAGCACAGAAUGAAUUGCUGGUAUUCCUGUCAAGGCAGAAAGCUCUGUGGGUGUUUUAAGUGUGUAUUUUCUCUUCUAAAUCCUUGAAACACAUUGACCCUGUAAAUGGCCACAUCAGGUGAUUCUAAGCAUGUUAAUCCAGCUUCCCUGCCAAGCCGGAGGAAAUAAUCGCAUUGCUCAGGCAUGGGGACGCUGUCAGAUGGUGCAGAUUGGCACGGAUGUCACUGUCACCGAGCCCUCGCAGCAUCCCACUGCUGCAGCUGUGCUGGCCCUUCAUCCCCCACCCCUCAGCCAAAAGGUGCUGGGGGAGUGUGCUUUUAAUGCUUAUUUCUGUCACACUAAACCUGUCCUAGGACCUCCAAGGAGUUGCUUUAGGUAGAAUCUGUUCACUUUCUGGAAGAUUCUGCAGAGCUGUCUGUCAGUGAUUGCUCUCUCCAGCUGGGAGGAAAAGAGAUGGCAUGAGAAGGCUGGAGCUGGGAGAAAAUACAGGGUGUGUAUUGGCAGAGCUCAAGGGGCUCUUUUGGUGUGUGCAGCCCCAGGAAACCCAUGGUCCCUGCUGACACUCUACAUUAUCCUCUGGAAAGCCAUGGCACUGCUUGCAGGGGGUGGCAGGUGGCACUGGGACAAGUGGUGGCUUUGCUGGAAGUAGGGCAGCUCCCAGGAGAUGCCUUCCUUGGGAGGAAACGUACUUUUGGAAGGACCUGGGAUGGAUCUGGAGCCCAAAUCCACCACACUUGGCUCUCAGGGCUGGAAGCACCAAAAGGAACAGAGUGUGUGGCAGAACAGGUGGUUUAGCCCAAACCUUCUUUAACAAAUACAAGAGCUACGCUAGAGCUUCCCAAAUGUCCUGUAUCAGGAUCUCUCAUCUUCCCUGUCCUCUUGUGGUCUGCAGAAAACCGGAGUGGUGGGAACUGUCUGAGGGAAAGGGAAGGGGUUUUUCACUUCAGGAGACCGACUUCUCGGUUUAUCCUUCCUCCGCUUUCACUCUUAAGUGCUUCCUCUGUGCAAGUGGGCAGAGGACUCGCGUGGCUCCAACGCUUGCAAGAACAGGGAUGGAGCCGCAGCCUGAUCCACUUUCCAUAAGAAAUAACAUCCCAGUGCUUUCUAGGCAUAUUAGGAAUCACAGCUUGACACUCAAUGACACUAAGUUAUUCUUGGGGUCCUUUGUAAGUUCUAAUCGUUCCCUAUUCUAGGUUAAAAUAUUUAUUUUGUCUAUAUAUUUUCUUUCCAGUGUGUUUUUUUAACCUCUUCUGUUAACUCUUCAUGUGCUGAGAUGUAAGGAUUCAAUGGUUUCUAUUUAAAUAUAUCCUCUGGGUUCUGUUUUUUUUAAUUGUCGUGUGUGGAUUUCAGCUGCAUCGUCAGCAGGUGUAAUAGAUAAAAAUGUGCUGUACAGACAUUUAGGGUGUUUAGGAUGUAGGCAAGGCUCAUAGGAGAACUGCUCAUAGAAACGUAGCACGGUGUCUCUUAAAGGGAACAGCGUAAAUGCUGAGACUGGUCCAUACUGGGACCCUCACGUAGCCUCCAACAUACCUUUUCCCUUCUGAUUAUCACAGCCUCCAUCUCUGGGAUGUGCUGAUCAACCCAGCUCUGCCAUCCCCAGGGCUGGUCUUCCACCUCUAAGCUGAAGGAUUUUUAGUGAGGUUCUGUUUGUUUGACUUCAUUCAGCAUUUUUUGAUUGGCUAUUUCCACUUUGAAAUGGAGGACUGGGAGCUGGCUGUGGUGGCGAGAUGUUUCCCUCCAGUGGUGGAAGAACAGAUCCGGGCUGUGGUUUCAGGCCCAGGGCAGGGGUGAUGGUCCCUCUGUGCAAGAGCUCCGCAGCCUGGCCAGCACAGCCUGUCCCUGCUCCUCUGUUCCCUGCUCUCCUGAUGUCACCUACAGGGACAGGAUGUGCAGCCCAGGAGAGCAAACAAGAUGGGUUUCCAACACUCUGUUUCAUCCAAUGAGUUGUUGAGUCUCCUGCAGCUGCUGGGAGCCCUGGAGUGGGAACUGCUUGUGCUAUCUCCAUCCCCGUCCAUCCCCAUCCAGCUCCGUCAUUGUUUACCUCCUCAGGGCUGACCACAAGCCUUGUGGAGCCUCCCCUGGAAAAACACAGCUCGGAACAGUUAUUUUUAUGGAAAUAAUGAAGCAGUGAGUGGAUUUAGAGCUGUGUUGGAGGUAACCCUUCUGCUGCUAUGGGCUGUGGAGACGAGGUGCCCACACAGCACCUUCCACCCGUCCACCCCAAACCGCAGCUUCUGGAGCAGGCUGUGCCUGCCUGCUCCAGCCCCAGGUUCCCCACACCUCCUCCUCACCUGGAGAGAGGUGAGGCUGUGUAUCACCAAGAGCCAGCUGGCCUUGGGCAAUGCCGAGCUCUGGUGCUGGUUCUCUUUAGCCUGUGACAAACCCACUACUCUGAAAUUCCCACCCUGCUCCGUGUUUUUAUGAGUAUGAGCUCCUCAUUCCCUACAUGUUCCCAUGAGCUGUUGUUAACCCUACAAACAUAACCUGUGUAAUAGCUUCUCUGUAUAUUACAGCUGUAGGCUUUCCAGAUAAAGGUGGAUAAUAUUUAUUUACUGAAGAUACUGGAUAUUUUUUUGUUUGGGAAUGGGGUAGGGGGAGAAAAGGGACAUAACUGUUUAAAGAGAUCGACUAUGUAAAGAGAAACAAAAUACACGAAAAGCAGAGAAACCCAACACUAAAACAUCACUGUAUUCAAGUAGAAAGUGUUUCUGUUAAGGACAAGACAACUGUAUUAAUCUGCCAUUGUUUAACUUGCUCCAGAAAUCAUCUCCUUGGUUCCUGCAUGUGAGAUAUUCCAAUAAAUACACUAUUAGUGUGA